AGUAACAUUGAAACGCAACCCUGAUUUUGACAUUUGCAGUUUAGUUCCUUAUUUUAGUUUUGCUUAUUUUACUCGUCAAAUUUGUUUUCAUCAUAUUUUUUUGCCUUACAACGUUUCAAUGAACAAUUAUUAACUUGCUGUCAUUUUCAGAAAAAGUUAUAAUAAAUAAAUGUAUUUUACAUAUACAUAAAUGUUUUAAGUCAAAUAUAAGGUUCACAUCGUUCUUUUCAUCCCAGCCAGCGCUAACAAAUUUGUUAACUGUAAUUAUUACAAAAAAAAUGGAGACUUUGGACAUCACGUUACAAUUGGGACAGAUGCUGUUGGUGCAAACAGCCAGUGAAUUAUUAACUGGCACAUUAAAUUUUGUUGAUCCAAAGCGCAGGAUAAUUGAAUUGGAGAAUCCUUAUGACCAGCGCUCGAAUUGUCAAUAUAACUCGCCACAAAUUUUGUCGUUUCCUCAAAUUAAAAAGUUGCAGAUCGUAAGAGAAGAUGAACCUUCGAGUAACUCAAAUAGCUGCAGUGAUACGGGUACGUCACCAACGACAUCAGAAAGUCACACAAGCUACAAUACUGCGGCAGCGAGGACACCAUCUUCAUCACCAGAAAGUAAACUUGUUGCGUCCGAAGAAAGUGAUAUUACGCUUAGUACAACCGAGCUAGAGUUGAUACAUGAGCAACUAAAUUCGGUGGUAUGCAUCACGCAGACAGAUCAAAAAUACCACAAAGCACUAGCUGACAUUCGUGUACAACCAGUUGUUGCACUUAUUAUAGAGCCGGUGGACUAUGGUCGCACACAUCGUACAUCCGUGAUGGUAUUAGCCACGUAUCAAACCGUCUACAUAUUCGAUAUUAUCGCUAUGGGUAGUAUCUUUCGGGAAAUGAAGCAGCUACUUGAGGCGGAACGACCACGCAAAGUGGUACAUUAUAGUCAUAAAUUAGUUGAUCACCUGAAAAAUCGACAUGGCGUUAAAUUAGGUGGAAUAUUCGAUACAUUUGUAGCAGUAUCUAUCGUGAGAGGGAUCAAAGAACCAAUGACUUUAAUAGAAGCUGUUGAGAAGAUAUUGAAUAUUAAUCAAAUAUUCUUUCAUUCUGAGGCAGAAGACCCGCUACACAGUGACAUAUACAAACGACCGCUGAUCUUAGUAAUGCGUCUACUACUGGCAAAGAAAGCAAUAUUACAACUAAAAUUACAUGAACAUUUACUCCAUAAGCACAUGCUGAAGAAUUUCUACAGUCAAUGUGAGAUAUUUUCCCAAACAUUUUGUGAAAGUGAAGAUGCCACCACGCCUUUGGAAAUGCAACGUAAGGGUCGUGCUGGCUUUCAGCAUAUAAAACGUAGUGCAAAAGAAUUUGAAUUCAAAUUCAAUCAAUUGGCGGAAUGAAAGCGAAAACCUUUACUUGGUGUUCACUCUUUUGUAUAUUCGGUGUAAAUACAAAUUUAAGUUUGGGCGAUGAACACGGUAUAUAACUAAUUCACCAUAACUAAAAUUAUUACAUUAAAGUCGUUCACAAUUUAUGAUUAUUGGCUGUGCAAAGAAGCUUUGAAGCAUUUUAAUCUCAAAUCUGCAAUGAUGCAAAAUGCAAACAAAGUGCAACUAAUUUAUUUUAUUUAUAGUUGUUUACAAUUAACAUCUAGAACCUUAUAAUAACAGUCAUUAAAUGAAGAAAUGUCAACAUAUAAACAAAUGAACUUAAUUAAAACACCAUAAUUAGUAUAAUAAUAUAAAUUCUUAAGGUACUUAUAUAUUAACACCACCGCAGCAAAAAUUUAACGGUUAACAGGGCUACCAACAUCCCGGUUUUGGACCGUCCUGAGUGUUUUUUUUUUGUUUUUUUAACACGGCCGAAAGCCUCCAAUGAAGAAAGCUGUGCUAAGCGAAAAAAACUGAGGACAUCCCACUUAAUUUUUGCUGCAGUCACGUUAAUACUAAGUACCAUUAUUAUUUAUAAAAUAUUACUUCAUUACCGAUAGAUUUCAUAUUGAAAUCAUAACUUAUUUACCUUAGUACAAACUUAUAUUAUUUAGCAUGUGCAUUCCUUUCUUUUUUUCUGUUAAUUUUAAGUUUAAAAAUUGCAAGUAUAAUAUGACUAUGUUUUGAUAUAAAUUGUAAUUUGAUGCUCCAAAGGUUAAACUUUGAAUUUAUUUUAUUACAUAAUUAAUUCUUUUCUGUUCUUUUAAACCUUCAUAAAUCAUAUUUGCUCUAUAUAAAAGGAUACAUUUAUAAGAAAAGUCAUCAUUUUGAAUUCAGUGGAUUUUCCAAGUUAAGGGCAAUAUACUAACAGCAACCAUUUUCUGAUGAUAAUAUAUUUGCAAACCAUUACAAAUUAAUAAUUUUUUCAAUAAUAGCUGAUAGAUUGGAAUACAUCACUUCUAAAAAAAAUUCAAAUAGCAUCCCGCGACAGUCGCAUCUACGUAACUGGAAAGGACGCAGAUUUUUAUCCGGUCAAGAAUUGUCAACUCGGCAGCAUUCCUCCAAAUUACUUCAGGGAUGUUUCUUGAUGCUAUAACAACAAUAUAAAUAUAAUAAAUAUAUAUAUACUUAUGUUACCUAAAAAAUUCCUAUUGGAUUUUCAAAACUCUAAAAAA